UCUCUUAUACGAGCUGUGAUACUAACAUUGCAUUAAGCUUACUCACAAGCAGUCUGACAAGAGAAUGUGAUUGAUAUCCACAAACUUUUACGAGCAGGCUACAUAGCCUACAAACUACACCAACUGGUGAGCUGGCCUUCUGAAGAAAAGUCUAUUCUGCCUAUCUUACGCAACAUAUUGAGUCACUCACAGAAGGCGCGGAGGAUACAGAUGAGGAUGUUCAAAGGACUGGGGCUUUUGAGCACUUUCGCUUACUUAUCCCUGCCCUCUUGUCUCCAACACCACCUGGGGAAAAUCGAGAGCGCAGACCAAACAGCGGUCCCCACGCUCAAGACGGAAUAUGGCCGCACAUAGGACUUCUGCAAGUAUUUUAUCCCUCCUUCACAGAGGAAAUGUGUCCUUCAGAAGAGACUGUUGCCAAAGGGCUAUCCUGGUUUCGCCUGGAAAAACUGUUGUGCACUUAAGAAGAACACUAUCAAGUACAGGAGCGAAGAACAAGGAGUUACUGCCGCACUUGAGCUCCAAUCUCGCUGGACGCUCACACACAGAGUUGUAUGAGCUGUCUCUGAACUCUGAAACAUUUUGGGGAACAAUCGCUAAGGAAAGGUUGACAUGGACCAAACCAUUCGAACAAGUGAAGGAUUGUGAUAUUGCUCAAGGACGAAUCAACUGGUUCCUUGGAGGACAGCUGAAUGUUUCUGUGAACUGUCUGGAUGUCCACGUCGCAAGGCAUCCCGACAAAAUAGCUCUGGUGUGGGAGAAAGAUGAACCAGGCACGGAGGUGAAAGUGACCUACAGGGAGUUGCUGGAGACUACGUGCCGCCUGGCCAACACCCUGAAGACCCAUGGCAUCCAGAGAGGGGACCGAGUGGCCAUCUACAUGCCCGUGUCACCCAUGGCGGUGGCGGCCAUGCUGGCCUGUGCCCGCAUAGGGGCCGUACACACAGUGGUGUUCGCAGGCUUCAGCUCAGAGGCACUGGCAGGGAGGAUACAGGAUGCCCAGUGCAAGGCGGUGGUGACGUGUAACCAGGGCGUGCGGGGUGGCCGAGCCAUCAACCUCAAAGCUACGGUGGACGCUGCCGUGAAGAGCUGCCCCACCAUCCAGCACGUGUUCGUCAGCCAGAGGACCACUAACCCAGUGCCCACGGGGAAACUGGAUAUUCCACUGGAGGAGGCUAUGGCCAAGGAGUCGACAGAGUGUGCUCCGGAGCCGAUGGGCAGCGAGGAGAUGCUCUUCAUGCUCUACACCUCCGGCAGCACAGGCAAGCCCAAGGGCAUCGUCCACACCCAGGCCGGGUACCUCCUCUACGCCGCUCUCACUCAUCAGUAUGUGUUUGACUACCGGCCGGGCGAUGUGUUUGGCUGCGUGGCGGACAUCGGCUGGAUAACGGGCCACAGCUACGUGGUGUACGGGCCCCUCUGCAACGGAGCCACCACCGUGCUGUUCGAGAGCACUCCUGUCUAUCCAGACCCAGGUCGCUACUGGGAGACAGUGCAGCGUCUGGGCAUCAACCAGUUCUACGGAGCCCCCACCGCUAUUCGCCUGCUGCUCAAGUACGACGAGAGCUUUGUGAAGAAGUACGACAGGUCAUCCCUCAAGACACUCGGAUCAGUUGGAGAGCCCAUCAACCACGAGGCCUGGGAUUGGUUCUUCAACGUGGUGGGAGACGGACGAUGCCCCCUGGUGGACACUUGGUGGCAGACCGAGACGGGUGGCGUGUGCAUUGCACCUCGGCCUGCGGAGGAAGGAGCUGAGAUCCGGCCUGCAAUGGCGAUGAGACCCUUCUUUGGCAUCGAGCCCGCACUCAUGGGGGAGAAGGGAGAGAAAAUCAUAGGAGAUGACGUAACCGGAGCACUUUGUCUUAGCCAGCCCUGGCCUGGGAUGGCCAGAACUAUAUUCGGAGAUCAUGACAGAUUUGUGGAUGCGUACUUCAAACCCUAUCCCGGUUAUUACUUCACGGGAGACGGCGCGUACCGCUCAGCUGAUGGCUACUACCAGAUCACCGGCCGCAUGGAUGACGUCAUCAACAUCAGUGGCCAUCGCCUGGGCACCGCCGAGAUAGAGGACGCCCUGGAUGAACAUCCUGAAGUGCCUGAAACAGCAGUCAUUGGCACUCCGCAUGAUAUCAAGGGAGAAGUGCCUUUUGCUUUUGUUGUCCUGAAAGAGAGUGAUGGUGUGGACCAUUCGUCUGUUGUGAAAGAUCUGAAAGACCUGGUGGCCACCAAAAUUGCCAAAUAUGCCAUUCCUGAACACUUCCUGAUAGUGAAGAGACUACCAAAGACACGCUCAGGGAAGAUCAUGAGGAGGAUUCUUCGCAAGGUUGCCAUGGAGGAGACCGAGAACCUGGGAGACGUCUCCACUCUGGAUGACCCCUCCGUUGUCAAGGAGAUUAUAGAAGCUCACAUGCAGUACAAGAGCCAGCUAGGCCAGAGGAAAUGAAGGGAAGGCAAACAAAAUGAAUGAAUGAAUGAAUGAAUGAAUGAAUGAAUGAAUGAAUGAAUGAAUGAAUGAACGAAUGAAUGACAUAAGCAGAGUGAGCAGGGGGCAAGGGAGCAGUCGGUCUGGGCCCUAGGCUACACAGGGGCCCACUUUCCCUUUGGCCAAAUCUACGUGCCCAAAUCAUCUACAACAGUGAUUUUCAAUCUCUGGGCUGGGCCUACUGUUGGGCCAUGAAGGUAUUCCAAGUGGGCCUAGAAAUCAUUUUCAAAAAAUCAAAAUCAUAUUUUUGUGUGUGUUGCUGUUGAUUUAUUUGAGUUUUAUUGUUUAUUGGGUCAGAGGUGGGCCCCGGACAUUUGUGAAAAUUUCAAGUGGGCCCAAAGUUGGAAAAGAUUGGGAACCCCUGAUCUAGAAACUUGAUACACGGCUCUCCACAGGUCCACCCCCCAUAGUGAACCAUGAGCUCCUCUCCUGAUGAAUGAAUGAAUGAAUGAAUGAAUGAAUGAAUGAAUUGAGCUUAUUGCGCACAACAUUAGCUAUGUGUUACCGAGAGUGUCCUUAAGAAAUAUUUUGCAUUUUUACUAAUGGAGCACAUUUACCCAAAAUGAAGUGUCUUCAGCAUUAGAGUAGUUUGUCAAAGCAGUCAUUGGACGUUCAUGGAGAGGGGGUUAGAAGAUUUAGUAGCAUGUGGCAUGCGGAAGAGGCAUGCCAAAGGAAGGAUAAUGACCAAGUGCCAUCCAGUGUUGCCAGAUUUUGCGGUUACCCGCCCAAUUGGGCUGCUUGGGAUGGCCGUCUGCGGGUAGAAAUGGGAGAAAAUGGCCAUUUAGCGUUUUUUUCUGCAGUUUUGUGCCCAUAGAAAUCAAUGCAAUUUGUUGAAAUUGGGCGUAAUUUAGCGCGUUCUGGCAUUUUUUUUUAGAACCUUUUGGGCGGGAUUUGAUCAGACACAUCUGGCAACACUGGUGUCAUCACGUGCCUUUAGUUUUGGUGAUGCUAGGCUACUAGGCUACUACGGGCAUGUUUGUAUGCUGUGCCUACAGCAAAACUCAUUCCUAACCUUAACCUGUCAAUGAAUAAUGUGUUUUCAACCAACCUAAAACAUAGCAUGCCACUUGAAUCAUCACACUGAAUCAUCUAACCCUUACUGUGUUCAUGGGCAUCUGAUGAAGGGUGUGGUCAACAGCCCUGCAGCCACGCCUCCAGUGUCCCAGAAAUAUAGGCCUCGUUUGAGAUGUCGCAUACGCAUAUCUGCGCAGCACGAAAAUCCAAACGAGAAUGCACUGUAAUUUUGUUGUGUGCAUGCAUGGCAUGCGUGCUGUGCAGAUUGCCUCAACCUGCGUCAUCGAGAACCCAUAGAUGUUGUUUCCCCCCAUUCAACAUACUGAUUGCGAAUGAGAAAAUGAUCUAUGAACUGUGCUUUUGUGAAGUUUUGAGAAAAAAACUUCUAAUAUCAAUGAUGUCUUGCCUCGCAUCACAAGGCAACAAGUAAAAUGAUAUGUUUGAUAAUGAGUUGAACCCCACAUGUAUGAAGUGCCUUUUGGAUGGAAUGUCCUGGAGGAAUGUGAAUCUUUAUACAUAGGCCAAGGACUUCAAACAUUUCCGGCCACUCCUUAGCCUGUGUUGACAGAAAGGUGACAAAAUGUAUGACUAAUGUAAUACUGUACUGUGCUAACACAUUUUGAAGUCAUCUACCACUCUAUCACUUUGUUUCUUUCAGAGAGUUAUCCUGAACAAAAAUAUCUGCAAUUGUCCAUUUUAAAUGUGUAGUAGCUAAAUCUUCG